GGGUGGGACGAAAAGUGAAGGAAGCCUGGGUCCCCGCCCGGGAGGAGACCCUCGGAAGCUUGGCUGGGGAGCAAGAGAGUAGGUUCUUCUGAGGGAAGGAGGCCCGAGCUUCACCCGAGGGGCACGUUAGAGGCCUCGGCCAUUCAGUCCAGGGGAAAAAAGGCAGGUGCUGCUCCGAAGGCGUGGCGACACGGUGGGUAGUGGGAGCUGGGGACGAGGAAGAAGAGCUUCAGGGAAAGUGAGCAGGCCCCUGCUUUCCCUGAGGUGAGGGGGCAGUAGGAAGACGCCUCAGAGCCUCCUCAAGUAGGAAUAGGAAGGGUCCAAAUCUGUGAGGUUGUGAGAUUGAAUAUCUUCUGAUAUAUAGGUAGAGAACGGGACGAUCUGGUGUGUCAGGGGAUGGGAAAACCCAUGUUCUUGAGGGCCGGACAAACGAUAGUUGAGGGGAAGAAGCUUAGAAUACCCCUACUUUCAGAAAUGACAGGGGAAUUGGCCAGAUGUCUCCUGAGGGGCAGGAACAAUGACAGCAGAAUCUUACCUGAGGGUCCUGGAGAGUAAUCCACCUGACUUACGCAUGUCAAGCCUUGACCUACAAAUCCGGGGAAGUCUUGACUAUCCAAGGAAGUGGAGAAGGUCUGAAUUCUCUUAAGAUGAGAGAAAUCUCAAAAGUAUUUCCUGCCAGACACAGAGGGGCCUUGUUUGAUGUCUCUUUAGGAGAACCAAGAAUUGGGAUUCCUCCUUAACCUGGAGAAUGAUGAAGAGGGAGGAUCAGGUCAUUCCAGACGAACUGAGAGGGAUUCCUUUCUUCUCCCUUGCCUCUGCUAAUGGUUACCAAAGUGCUUUUGGAAGAUUUUUUUCAUUAAAUGUUUGGACUGUCUUCCCUAAUUUAUCGGCCUUGUAUCAGUUAUGGGUACUGACUUGAUGACUUUUUCAUUAGUCAUUAGUCAACCAUUUAUUCAUAUGUACUUCAAUGAACAUAUUAAAUAGCUGACUUGUAUUCAACUUCAUGGGGUAAGCUUGGACUCUGAAUUGGUCUUGUCCUAAGCAGAAGUCUCCUAGACUCUAGUGUGACGAUCCUUCAAAGAACACUUUUAUCUCAUUGCUUCCCCAAGCACCUAUAUAGUAGUCUCCAAUAUGUGACUUCUCCCAAACUUUGUUUGUUUUGACUGUGUCCCUCACAGUGGUCCUGUAUAGCCUUCUUGUUGGCUUUAUUACAUUUGAUAGUGCCCUGAAUUCAGUAUUACUGAAUACAUGAGAAGGAAUGAAGAAGAGAAAAAAUCAAGGAGUUUUGGCCUCAACCCAGCUAUCUGACUUCAUGUGAAAGAUGGCUAAUGCGGAAGUGAGUGUCCCAGUGGGGGAUGUGGUUGUGGUACCCACUGAAGGAAAUGAAGGAGAGAACCCUGAAGACACUAAAACCCAAGUGAUCUUGCAGUUACAGCCUGUGCAGCAAGGUUUGUUUAUCGAUGGACACUUUUACAACAGGAUUUAUGAACCUGGGUCCGAGAACAACACAGCAGUUGUGGCAGUAGAAACUCACACGAUUCACAAAAUUGAAGAAGGGAUUGAUGCAAGCACUAUAGAAGCAAAUGAGGAUAUGGAAAUUGCUUACCCCAUAACUUGUGGGGAGAGCAAAGCCAUUCUCCUCUGGAAGAAGUUUGUAUGUCCAGGAAUAAAUGUGAAGUGUGUCAAGUUCAAUGAUCAGUUGAUCAGCCCCAAGCAUUUUGUACAUCUGGCUGGCAAGUCCACCCUAAAAGACUGGAAGAGAGCCAUUCGUCUGGGUGGAAUCAUGCUCAGGAAAAUGAUGGACUCCGGACAGAUUGAUUUUUACCAACAUGACAAAGUUUGCUCCAAUACCUGCAGAAGCACCAAGUUUGAUCUUCUGAUCAGCAGUGCAAGAGCUCCAGUGCCUGGACAGCAGACAAGUGUGGUGCAGACACCCACUUCGGCUGAUGGUAGCAUCACACAGAUUGCCAUCUCAGAAGAGAGCAUGGAAGAGGCAGGGCUGGAAUGGAAUUCCGCUCUCACUGCUGCUGUCACCAUGGCUACAGAGGAGGGUGUGAAGAAGGACUCAGAGGAAAUUUCAGAGGACACUUUGAUGUUCUGGAAAGGAAUAGCUGAUGUAGGGCUGAUGGAAGAGGUUGUCUGCAAUAUACAGAAGGAAAUAGAGGAGCUACUCAGGGGAGUUCAGCAGCGGCUCAUACAAGCUCCCUUCCAGGUAACAGAUGCUGCUGUUCUCAACAAUGUAGCACAUACAUUUGGCCUAAUGGACACAGUGAAGAAGGUAUUGGACAACAGAAGGAACCAAGUAGAGCAGGGAGAAGAGCAGUUUCUCUAUACUCUGACAGAGUUGGAACGCCAGCUGGAAGAGCAGAAGAAGCAAGCUCAGGAUCACAGGCUGAAAUCCCAGACAGUUCAAAAUGUGGUACUGAUGCCUGUGAGCACUCCCAAGCCUCCAAAAAGGCCCCGGCUCCAGCGGCCAGCUUCCACCACAGUCCUGAGCCCUUCUCCUCCGGUCCAGCAGCCUCAGUUCACAGUCAUCUCCCCCAUCACCAUCACCCCAGUGGGCCAGUCAUUUUCCAUGGGCAAUAUUCCAGUGGCCACCCUCAGCCAGGGCUCCAGUCCUGUGACUGUUCACACACUGCCUUCUGGCCCUCAGCUCUUCCGCUAUGCCACAGUGGUCUCCUCUGCCAAGAGCAGCUCCCCAGACACAGUGACCAUCCACCCCUCGUCUAGCUUGGCACUGCUAAGCUCCACCGCCAUGCAGGAUGGGAGUACCCUGGGCAACAUGACCACCAUGGUGAGCCCCGUGGAGCUGGUGGCCAUGGAAUCCGGCCUCACCUCAGCAAUCCAGGCUGUUGAAAGCACCUCGGAGGAUGGGCAGACCAUCAUUGAGAUUGACCCGGCCCCAGAUCCAGAGGCUGAGGAUACUGAGGGCAAAGCAGUCAUUUUGGAGACAGAGCUGAGGACUGAGGAGAAAGUUGUGGCUGAGAUGGAAGACCACCAGCAUCAAGUCCACAAUGUGGAGAUUGUGGUCUUAGAGGAUUAACUGGGGAUCUCGGGGCCAGGAGAUAUGUUUUGGUUUGGAAUUUUAAUUAUUUGUUUAUUUUUAUCAUUGUCCCACUCAUUUCCACAUAGGAUCCUUUUUUUUAAACAAAAUCUCUUUGUUGUAACUGAAAAUGUUGGGUACCUCCCACCCCCUUAUUGAAAAAUGGACAAAAACAAAGCUGUCCUUCCAGAAGUUGAGAGUAGGUCACUCAGUGUCCUAAUCCUUUUACACCAAGAAAGUUACUUCUUUUAGGGAAGGCAUCAGGAUAAUCAGAAAGCCCUUUCCAGGCUAGUCUGUCUGUGUAUGCAUGUGGUUUUAGUUUUGUAAAGAUGCAUUGACCAAACUCUGGAAUGCAGAUCUGACACUGGAAGGCAGCCCACCCACACAUGGAAGUGGAAGGAUACUUUUUUUGUGUCCUGGAAAGGACCCUCAGAGGCCGCUGCAAAACUGAAAUGAAAGAAAGUUGAACUGUACUUGGAGGGGAAGGUGGCAUACCAGCAGCAGCUUAAAAAGGGAAGUGCUUUGGCCAGGAUGGGGCAAGGAAGUUAUCUUAGCUCCAGAAGUGCAACUGAUGCCUCUUGUUAUCUCGAAGGGUUAUUACCACGGGUGCCAUUUUGAGAAGAGGCCAGAAAUAAGUGGAAGGGUACAUCUCCUUGGACCAAGUGGCAUCAGGGGCCCAGGGGCCUGUGGCUUUGCAGAAACAGAAAUCCCUGGUUGUCACAGCUGUGCUUUGUGAUCAAAGCUCACCUUCCCUCCCUUCCCAACUUUGUCAAAGCACUUAACCCUCCUAAAUUAGGAUCAGUCCAUUCAUUUGCAAAUAUGCGUUGUGGUGUAAAUUUCUCUGGUUCUUGGACUGUGGCUGUCCUGGGGGUGGGGCUCCAAGGCCAUCAUUUUUAUUGCAUGACUCCAGGCGCAGGGAGUUCCUCAUCUAGACCAGCUGCCCUUUUUGGUGGGGCCCUUUUUUGGCUUUGGAACCAAAAGCAGCCACUCAUUUGGUGCUUCCUCUUGUUCUACCCUCCAUCCCUCAAUUGUUAAUGGCAUCUGUCUCCUGGAUCCCACGCUUUUCAGCUUUUUGGCUGAUUUGGAGAACAGUGACAGGUGCCUGCCUGCCUUCAUUCUCUUUUAGAUUCAUUUAUACCAUUUAUACCACAGAUGUUUCUGUGAGAUAUUAAGCUCAUAAAAAAACCUUAGGCUUUGCAGGGAAGACUCAACAGCCCCGGCCUAUCCUGCGGCACCAAGUAGAUGUCUCCUCCUGAGCAAGCUGGACUCCCUGGGAAAGAAGCAUUGUCUGCAAGAUUAUAUUAUAGGAGAUGUACCAGGAAUGUCAAUAAUAAUAUCUUGGGGGGUUAUUAUUAUUAUUUUUAUAAUGUUGUUUGUAUAUUUAGAGCUGGGCCAUUUUCCGUGCUGUGAUUCCUGCUCUUUGACCAUCUUCAGUGUUUGGGGCAAGAGUGGAUCCUGGUUUUUAUUUCUUUGAUUGCAUUGUUUACUGCACUAGGACAAAUAUAGGGAAACUGCAGACAAUUUAAAGGAAAACAAGGUCAAAAAAGAAAGCACACACCUUAGGAGU